AUGUCACGUGCUUGCAAGGAAACACCCACUAUGACACAGUUAUGGCAUAGUGUCCAGCCUGCAGAUCUGGACACUAUUGAUGGCUCACCUGGUCAAGAAUUUUCUCUUGAAACUGAGCAUGAAAAACUCUUACUUGGGAAACUUGCAUUGGUUGACUUACAGGGCCUUAACCAUCAAGAGAAGCUUGCUUUUUGGAUCAACACUUACAAUUCGUGCAUGAUGAAUGCUUUUCUAGAUCAUGGAAUACCAGAGAACCCUGAGUUGGUGGUUGCACUGAUGCAAAAGCCUUCUUUGAGGCUUUUGGCAAUACAAUUUAUGCCCCAAGGUUGUGACUUGGUGUGGAAACAUGUUGUCCGGAAAGGGGAUGCGGUUGUUGAUGCCACUUGUGGAAAUGGGUAUGACACCUUGGCAAUGCUCAAAAUGGUUGCUGAUCAGUCAAAGAGAGGUCAUGUUUAUGGAAUGGAUGUUCAAAAAGUUGCUAUAAAAAGCACUUCAUCUUUGUUAGAUCAAUUAGUCAGUUCGGAUGAGAAAGAACUUGUUGAGCUAUACAACAUGUGUCACAGUAAAAUGGAGGAAAUUGUUCCAAAGGGCGUCACGGUGAGAAUCAGUUCAAGAGGUAUAUUGAAUGGAGCAGGCAGUUUAAUGGGGUUGUAUCUGCUGUGUUUCUGCUACACUACUGUGGAGGGUUUGAGGAUAGCUGCUGGGAUGAUGCCAGUGUGA